AUGUGUUUGUACUGUGCCGGUCACUUAGGCGCUACCGUAAAAAACAUGCUUGAUGAUGACGAUGAGGAAGAGGAUGCCAAGACUCCGCUUCCAUUCAGCGCUCUGAGAAGGGAAAGGGGGUUAGCCAAGCCUGGAGGAUCCACAGGAAAAAGCCACUCCCCCGGCCGGGUGGGGAAGCCUCUGGCUGGGGACUGUUGCGUCUCUUGCUGGCAGCAGUGGGAUUCCGUGGGAGCCCUGGGUUUGCAGCUCUCCAGGAUCUUGGCCUCCCUGGAGGAGCAGAACUUCACGGAGGCCUGGGGGAAGAAAGCCAAGGAACUCUAUGGCUCCAUCUGGAAGAAUUUCACAGACACUCAGCUGAAGAAGAUCAUUGGCUCCAUCCAGACCCUGGGGCCUUCCAACCUGCCCCUGGACAAGCGGCAGCAGUACAACACCAUCCUGAGCGAGAUGGACAACAUCUAUUCCACUGCCAAGGUGUGUCCUCCCAACCAGACCGCCAGCUGCUGGGCUCUGGAUCCAGAGAUAACCGACAUCAUGGCCACCUCCCGCAGCUACCAAAAGCUGCUCUACGCCUGGGAGGGCUGGCACAGCGCCGCCGGGAACCCCCUGAGGCCCAAGUACAAGGCGUUUGUGGCGCUGAGCAACGAGGCCUACAGGAUGGACGGUUUCAAGGACACCGGCGCUUACUGGCGCUCCUGGUACGACUCGCCCACUUUCGAGGACGAUCUGGAGCAGCUGUACCACCAGCUGGAGCCCCUCUACCUGAACCUGCACGCCUUCGUCCGGAGGAAGCUGUAUGAACGCUACGGCCCCAAGUUCAUCAACCUCCAGGGCCCCAUCCCUGCUCACUUACUGGGCAACAUGUGGGCCCAGCAGUGGAACAACAUCUACGACAUGAUGGUCCCCUUCCCGGACAAGCCCAACCUGGAUGUCACCAGCACCAUGGUGCAGCAAAACUGGAACGCCACGCACAUGUUCCGGGUCUCCGAGGAGUUCUUCACCUCGCUGGGCCUGAUGCCCAUGCCGCCCGAGUUCUGGGAGAAGUCCAUGCUGGAGAAGCCGUCGGACGGGCGGGAGGUGGUGUGCCACGCCUCCGCCUGGGACUUCUACAACCGCAAGGACUUCAGGAUCUUGCAGUGCACCACGGUCACCAUGGAGCAGCUCUUCACGGUGCACCACGAGAUGGGGCACGUCGAGUACUACCUGCAGUACAAGGACCAGCCGGUCUCCUUCCGCAGCGGGGCCAACCCCGGCUUCCACGAGGCCAUCGGCGACGGCCUGAGGCUUCAGCGCCUCAACCACGUGACCCAGGACACAGAGAGUGACAUCAACUACCUGCUGAAAAUGGCCCUGGAGAAGAUCGCCUUCCUCCCCUUCGGUUACCUCAUCGACCAGUGGCGCUGGAAUGUCUUCAGCAGCCUCACCCCUCCCAGCCGCUACAACUACGACUGGUGGUAUCUGAGAACAAAAUAUCAGGGCAUCUGUCCUCCCAUUGCAAGGAACGAAACCAACUUCGACCCUGGUGCAAAGUUUCACAUCCCUGGCAACACCCCCUACAUCAGGUACUUUGUGAGCUUUAUCCUGCAGUUCCAGUUCCACAAGGCCCUGUGCGAAGCCGCCAACCACACCGGCCCCCUGCACACCUGCGACAUCUACAUGUCCAAAGAAGCCGGAGCCAAACUCAGGGAGGUGCUGCAAGCCGGCUCUUCCAAGCCAUGGCAAGAAAUCCUCUUCAAUUUGACUGGCACGGAGAAGAUGGACGCUGGGGCCCUCCUGGAGUACUUCAGCCCCGUGACCGAAUGGCUUCAGAGUGAGAACCGCAAAACCAAUGAGACUCUGGGCUGGCCGGACUUCGAGUGGCGCCCGCCUGUCCCCGAGGGCUACCCCGACGGCAUCGAUAAAAUAGCCGAUGAAGCACAAGCCAGAGACUUCUUGGCAGAGUACAACAGCACAGCUGAAGCGGUGUGGAAUGCCUACACUGAGGCGUCCUGGGUGUACAACACCAACAUCACCGACCACAACAAGCAGAUCAUGCUGGAGAAGAACCUGGAGAUGUCGGCCCACACCCUGAAGCAUGGCGUGCAGGCCCGGCAGUUCGACUACUCUGACUUCCAGGACCAGAGCGUCAAGCGCAUCCUGAAGAAACUGAGCGACAUUGAGAGAGCCGCCCUGCCGGAGGAGGAGCUGAAGGAGUACAACAACCUCCUCUCGGACAUGGAGACCACGUACAGCGUAGCCAAGGUCUGCAAGGGGCAGGACAAAUGCUACUCCCUGGAUCCAGGUGAGCUGUACUACGACGAGCUCCUCUUCUCCUGGAAGGGCUGGCGGGACGCCUCCGGGAAGAAAAUCCGGAGCAAAUUCAAGAGAUACGUGGAGCUGAGCAACAAGGCAGCCAGACUCAAUGGCCACACGGACAACGGGGCCUUCUGGAGAUCCCUCUACGAGACGGCCACCUUCGAAGCAGACCUGGAGAGGAUCUACCAGCAGCUGCAGCCCCUGUACCUCAACCUGCACGCCUACGUGCGCCGCGCCCUCCACAACAAGUACGGCCCGGAGCACGUCAACCUGAAGGGCCCCAUCCCGGCCCACCUGCUCGGCAACAUGUGGGCCCAGUCCUGGUCCAACAUUUUUGACCUGGUGAUGCCCUUCCCUUCUGCCUCUAAAGUGGAUGCCACCCCAGCCAUGCAGAAACAGAACUGGAACGCCACGCACAUGUUCCGGGUCUCCGAGGAGUUCUUCACCUCGCUGGGCCUGAUGCCCAUGCCGCCCGAGUUCUGGGCCAGGUCCAUGCUGGAGAAGCCGUCGGACGGGCGGGAGGUGGUGUGCCACGCCUCCGCCUGGGACUUCUACAACCGCAAGGACUUCAGGAUCAAGCAGUGCACGGUGGUGAACAUGGACGACCUGAUCACGGUGCACCACGAGAUGGGCCACGUGCAGUACUUCCUGCAGUACAAGGACCAGCCCAUCUCCUUCCGCGACGGGGCCAACCCCGGCUUCCACGAGGCCAUCGGCGACGUCAUGGCCCUGUCGGUCUCCACCCCCAAGCACCUGCACAGCAUCAACCUGCUGGACCAGGUGGAGGACAACAGCGAGAGUGACAUUAACUACCUGCUGAGCAUCGCCCUGGACAAGAUCGCCUUUCUGCCCUUCGGGUACCUGAUGGACCAGUGGCGCUGGAAGGUGUUUGACGGGCGCAUUAAGGAGGAGGAAUAUAACCAGCAGUGGUGGAACCUCAGGCUGAAGUACCAAGGCCUGUGCCCGCCCGUGCCCAGGUCGGAAGACGACUUUGAUCCUGGGGCGAAGUUUCACAUCCCAGCCAACGUUCCCUAUGUCAGGUUCUCUGUCAGUUUUGUGAUCCAGUUCCAGUUCCAUCAGGCCCUCUGCAAAGCGGCCGGCCACACCGGGCCCCUGCACAAGUGUGACAUCUACCAGUCCAAGGAAGCCGGAGCCCUGCUGGGGAACGCCAUGAAGCUGGGCUUCAGCAAGCCCUGGCCGGAGGCCAGGCAGCACAUCACCGGGCAGCCCAACAUGUCGGCCGACGCCCUGAUGACCUACUUCAAGCCGCUGACGGACUGGCUGGCUGCUGAGAACACCAAGACCGGGGAGAGCCUGGGCUGGCCCGAGUACAACUGGACGCCCUAUGCGGGUCAAGCGCCGUCUAGUGCCAGUGCCAGAGCCAGUUUCCUGGGGAUGUCGCUGGAUAGCAGCCAAGCCGUCGCAGGCCAGUGGGUCCUGCUGUUCCUCGGCGUUCUCCUGCUCCUUGUCUCGAUCGUCCUCGGAGUCAAAUUCCACUCCUCCAGGAGAAGGGCUCACAAAUCCAGCUCAGAAAUGGAACUGAAAUAAUGCUGCAUCUCACUCCUUUCCUUUGCUGUGGGUGCUCGCAUGGGCCACGGGGGAGUGAGUGAGUGAGUGAGUGAGUGAGUGAGUGAGUGCAUGGGGGAUGUGAGUGCCAAGUGUAUGCAUAUACAGGCCACGUGUGUCUGUGUGCAUGAGUGUGUACAUGGGGAUGUGUGAGUGCAAGGUGUAUGCAUGCAUGGGCCACGUGUCUCUGUGCGUGCAUGGAUGGGCCGUGUGUGUACGCAUGAGAAUGUUUGCACAUGGGCCUAAUAAGCGUGUGCCUGCACGCAUCUGGGCCUGUGUGUGUCGGGGACAUGCUCGCGAGCCUCGUGUGUCGCUGAGGCAGGAGUGCAGUCGGAUGCAUAGGACUCUUCCUUCCAAUCAGGUCAAAACUUUUUGACUAUGCAAGAGCCAAAGCAGAGAAUAAUUAUUUAUUUGCCAAUGUCUGAAUUCCCAGACCCCCGAGAUGAGGAGUGGGACCGUGGGGUUUGUUUCUUAUCCACCCCGGUGCGGAUUGGCCAGUUUGAAUCAAAGUAACAUUGUUCAAUUCCCUAGUGAUUGGAAAAGGUUUAAUUAAUUGGGCAGGGGGGCUGGUUUGCAUCCCAUCCACUGUGCCUGGGAGCUGGGAGGCCGGGGGAUGGCAUCUGAUGACCUCUUGAGGUCCCUUCCAGUUCUAGCGCUCUCUGAUUUCUGCAGCUCCGCUGCGCCGUUGGGAACACCACAAGGGCUCCAUGUUAGCCGUGGGAAGCUUUUUGUGGGAAAGGGGCCGUCCCUCCUUAGGGCAAGCCCGGCCCCCAGGCACGCACAGAUGAAAAAUAAAAACCAUCCUGUUUUCCCCCCACUAAAA